AUGGUAGAAGAAAUUAAAACUCUUCUAUCAAAUACCCAGUUUGUAUGCAGUACAGCAGAUAUUUGGUCUUCUAAAAAUCGAAGUUUUAUGGGCUCUACAUGUCAUUGGAUUGACACCGAUUCCCUUCAAAGAAAAUCGGUUGCUUUAGCUUGUAGGCGUUUACCUGGUACACACUCGUUUGACAAAAUUGGUGAGAUGUUUGAGGAAAUAUAUACUGAAUUUGGGCUUAACUGGACUAAGACAUUAGCUAAAAUUACAGACAAUGGGUCAAAAUUUGUAAAAGCUUUCAAAGAAUAUGGGAUACAAUUAGAAACAAGAGUUAUAUUAAAUUCAAUACCAUCAAGUAUUCAAAUUGAUAAUAAGGAUUGUGAUACCAAUGAUAGUAUUGAAUUACAAGAUGAUAUUUUUCAGCCUGGUGAAGUAAGAGGAAGUGAAUAUGAACAAAAUAUUUACUUGCCAAAUCAUUUUAGAUGCGUUACUCAUACGUUAAAUCUGAUUGCUACGACAGACAUUAUGAAUUCCAUCAAUAAAAAUCAUACUAUAAGAUCUAAGCAUACAAACAUAACUAACAAGUGUACACAACUCUGGAAUAAAUCAGGACGUCCAAAAUCAGCGAAAGAAAUAAAAAAAAUAUUAGGGCAUUAUCUUAGCUACCCUAGUGCCACUAGGUGGAACAGUUUCUACGACUCUUUGACCCAGAUUUUAAAACAAAAAGAAAAACUUAAUAUCCUUUAUGAAUCUUUAAAUUUAAACAAUAUGCCCUCAAAGAAAAUGAGAUAG